AUGUAUUCGUAUUAUGCGAAAAAUCCAAAAUUUCAACCUCCAAAUGCAGUUGUUGUAAACAAGAGGGACAUAAUAGACGAACAUGUCCUUCUAAGGAAAAUUGAUGGUGAUGAAAAAUGUCACAUGAUUGCAAAUUCGUUGGGUGGGUCUGGGGAUUGUGAAAAUUGCAUGUCAUGCUCGCGUAAAAUGAAUAAUGACAUGAGAAAAAUGGAAAAUUUUGUCAAAAAAAAUCGAGAUGAAGGCAACCAUGGUCGAUAUCUUGUAUAUGUGGAUGACAAAGAAUAUGCUAAUGCCAUUACACAAAUAUUCCGACCGCAUAAUAAAAAAGAACACGCAACAACAACAGUUAUAUAUAGAAAACAACAUAACGAAUUAUAA